AUGGAAGAUCAGUGGCUGAUUGCUGCGAUUUAUUACAUCGUCAAGAGUGCCUAUUUCCUCUACACACAAUGUGUUGGAGUUCCAGUUUAUGUGACUUUCCACAUCCUACUGUUGCCACUUAGAUUUGUUCGUCCUCGUCUCUUCUGGACGAUAGAUGCUCACUUAUUCAAGGCUGUUCUUGGAGGUGUGACGUCAUGGUUUUACACUGAUGGAGUUGUCUUGAAAGAAUCCGGUGAUUCUUUGAAAGACAUUCUAGAUGAUAAAGCUCUUCUGCUUUGUAAUCACCAGUCAACAGCUGAUAUUGGAGUUAUCAUGCAAUCACUCCACCCAAAAGGCAUGGUAACGGGUCACAUGACCUGGGUCAUGGAUCACGUGUUUCGGCUUACUCACUUUGGAUGGGUCAGUCAUCUACAUGGAGACUUCUUCCUCAAGCAACCUUGCAGGACAGUAUCUGAAAGAACUAAACAAAUGAAGAAACUCAAAACACACUUAAAAAAUAUUUACUUAAAAACUCUGAAGAAAUGGAUUGUGGUGUUUCCUGAGGGCGGGUUUCUCUCCACUAGAAAACCAGGAAACCAGAGGUACGCAAAGAAACAUGGUUUGCCUGUACUUGAAAACGUUUGUCUGCCACGACUGGGGGUAACUAAAACCAUACUAGACGAAUUAGCACCAAAGGAAGGUCUAUACGAUUUCAACGAUAAUCAUGAAAAGUUGAACUGGAUCAUUGAUAUGACCAUCGCUUAUCCAAGAGGAGAAGCACCGAAUGCCCUGACUCUAAUGUUCUCCAUGGGAAAAUUUCCACCCAUACACAUACAUUUUCGAGUCUUCGAUAUACAAAGCGUCCCUAGAGACGAAAAUGGACUCACCAAAUGGAUGUACGACAGAUAUGUCGAAAAAGAAGCAAUGUUGGAUCAUUUCUAUAAGACAGGAAUGUUAGCAAACGACGGAAUGGAAACUCAGGACACCGACAAAAUAAGCUGUUUUCUUUAUGUGUUGUUUUACUCUAUUUGGAUGUGGUGGUUGUUCAUAUUCGUGUAUACCCCUAUAUUUUCCUUAUUUAGUUGGAAACUGAUUUUUGGCAUUAUUUUUUGCUAUGUAUUGUAUUUUAUUUAUGACUUUAUAAAGUACUUUCGGGAUUUUUCACCCUAAAUUACCCUG